UGAAAUUUUAUUUUUUGUUUGUUUCUCAAACUAACAACAUUACUAUUUAUUUGAGUUUAUUAAUUAACUCAAUUAAUUUAGUCAAAAUGGGUAGAAUAAUGAAACCGAAUAAAGUUGUGCUCAUUUUGAGCGGUCGUUAUGCCGGAAGAAAAGCUAUGGUUCUAAAGAAUCACGAUGAAGGCACAUCAGAUCGAUCCUAUGGACAUGCAGUUGUCGCCGGUAUUGACCGAUAUCCAAGAUCAAUUAAAGUGAGGAUGUCCAAGAAAAAGAAAGUGAAACGAUGUAGAAUCAAGCCUUUCAUUAAGACUUACAAUUACAAUCAUUUAAUGCCAACUCGAUAUGCAGUGGAUAUCCCAUUAGAUAAAAGUGUAUUGGCAAAGGAUGUUGUUAAAGAUCCAUCAAAAAGAAUGAAAGCAAGACGAGAAAUUAAAGCUAAAUUUGAAAGUAAAUACAAGGAAGGAAAACACCGGUGGUUCUUCAGUAAAUUACGAUUCUAAAUGACAACCAAUUAAAUGUUAUCAACUAUCAA